UUCGCAGAAUCUCAGCAGCACCUCGCGCCUCCAAAACCGACACAGAGACAGGACGAGAUGGUGAUCCAGGUCGUGGUGUACGGCUUCGGUGGGGACAAGAUGACCGUGGACGUCGCGAACAACGAGAAAGAGUUACAGCUGAUGACCGUCCUGCAGCUGAAAAAGAAAAUAGCGCUCAAGCUUCCCGGGAGUCCCGAACGGGCGGUGGUCGACAUGCAGCUGGUCUUCGCCACGAAGAGACUGGACGCGGACACUAAACUGCUCUGUGAAUACGGGAUCCAGCACAGGUCAAUCAUCCAGAUGGUCAUGACGCUGGACGGAGGCCUGGCCGCGUGA